AUGGCGUCGUCAAAACCAGUGCAAAAUGAAUCGCCAAAGUUCAAAAUAGCACAGGAGAGAGAACUUUACAAGUAUCUAAGAGUCGAUACUGGAGACUUUCAACCUGGCCCAACUUGCCCCAAAACAAACCCCGAGGAUGUCCAGAGUCAUAAUUCUGCCUACGUUCCCCGCUCAUCGCCAGAUACCGCUUUGACGGCCUUCGCUCAGUUGGGAGUUUUGAGAUUGAAGGCUCAACGUGCUUUGAUUUCACUCUUUGGACGAGAUCAAAAUUAUGUCCUUGCAGAAGCCACCCAAAGCCUCAGUCUCCAGGAUCACACAGUGGAGAAUGUCCGAGAUUCCUUGUGGUUGGGCCGCUGCGUUGUUCCCAAGGAAGAUGGGAUAUGUCAACAGGUCGCUUCACUACCGCAAAUGACACCAGGGGAAGACGAACAUGUGGUGGACGGAAAUAUAUAUCUGGUACCUGAUUUGCGCGAGGAUGGGCGAUUCAGAGAAUUGAACAUGGUCAGCGGCUCUCCCAAAGCGAGGUUUUAUGCAGGUACCCCCAUCAUCAGCUCCAAAGGCAUUACGAUCGGAUCCUAUUGCAUUAUCGAUGACAAGCCACGCUCUGGAUUAGACGCCCCUUCGAUCAAGUUCCUACAGGAUAUGGCAUCAACUGUCAUGACCCACUUGGACAUGGCUCGUUACAAAGCAGAACAUCAUCGUGCAGAGAGAAUGAUUGUGGGUUUCGGAAGUUUCGUGGAAGGUAAAGCGACGCUUCGCAAUGAGUGGGUACAGGCCACUGGACUACGCCUGAAUGAACAACCUAACGACGAAGGCCAUAUCAAUGUACAGCAGCAAACUGCACAAAGCAGAUCUGGUUUGCUCACAACUGUCUACACCGGCCUGUCGUCACCACCGCUGGAGUCACAAGCAACUUCACAAAAGAUUUCUGAGCGAUACGCAUCCUCCGAUUUGCAUACUAGGCCACCACCGGCCUUUCCCUCAAGACCGUCUCCCUCGCCGUUAACAGGCCAGUCUGACAAGAGCUCAGAAGCCAGUGUCAAUCAGUUCUCCAAUUCCAACAAGGGCGAAACAGAGACUAGUUUCUCUGUCCGAAGUACGGCAUCGACUGCGAAUCUACAAGAGGACAUGCUAUCCACUGGAGUUCGAGAGGUCUUUUCCCGAGCGGCUAAUAUUAUACGAGAAUCGAUAGAGGUCCAAGGCGUUGCUUUUUUCGAUGCAAGCAUCGGGUCUUAUGGUGGUCUUAUCAGCGAUACGAAGCUAAAGGGACCGGGCUCAAAUAGUGGUAGCUCGGAAAGCUCCUUGGGUAACAGCGACGAUAGCGCCGGGACUGAUUCCCAGGGAAGCUCUACUCCAUCAGCCGGGAAAGACACUACCCCAGAGAACACGACCGUAUGUGAAAUCCUAGGCUUCUCCACUUCGGCUGCAUCCAGUAUCAACAAUGAAUCGAAAGGCAGACUUAUUCUUCGGGAAGCAUUGUUGAAGGCUCUUCUGCGGCGUUAUCCGAAGGGGAAGAUUUUCAAUUUCAGCGAAGAGGGGUCGUUGUCCUCGGAUGAAAGCAGUGAUGGACCCUGGAAAACUUCGGUGAAAGAUGAGGGUCCAAACUCAGAUGCCCCUGACCUUACCGGUGGAAGAGAAAGAAAAACCCAGAAAAUGACGCGCAGUGCCAUGCUCAAAGUAGAUGGAGAUGUUCUUAUUCAACUUGUUCCGGGCGCUCGCAGUAUUGCCCUCCUGCCGAUGUGGGAUUCACACCGAGCUCGGUGGUUUUCCGGCGCUCUGGUAUGGACGAACACGCCUCAGCGCGUCUUCUCAUCAGAAACUGAGCUCACGUAUCUGUCGGCCUUUGGAAAUAGUAUCAUGGCGGAGGUGCAUCGUUUGGAUGUCGAGAUGUCAGAAAAGGCAAAAGCAAAUCUCGUUAGCAGCAUCUCGCAUGAGUUACGAAGCCCUCUCCAUGGUAUUCUUGGCACAUCAGAAAUCCUUCGGGACACGGCGAUGAGUGCACUUCAGCAUGGACUGGUGCACACUAUUGAAUCAUGUGGGCGAACAUUGUUGGAUACAAUCAACCAUUUGCUGGACUUUUCGAAAAUCAACAAUUUUCGGAAGGUAGGAGCCAACAACACCAUCCACAAACGCAAAAGCCCAUUAAGACGAAACAAAAACACCGAUUCAUCAUCUCACAGUAUGAAGCCUUCGCGGCGGACUCGGCAUAGGGGGAUGAUUAGUCUCAAGUCUAAUAUCCAUCUGGAUGCUGUUCUGGAAGAGGUAAUAGAAAGCAUUUUUGCCGGUCACAGUUUCUAUCACAGUCCACAAACUUCACUCGCCACGGAUCGUCCAAAUCACGUGGCACUCGAUAUCUUGGGGCCCUUCCAGAAAGCGAAUCAAGUCAGUAUCAUCCUGGAUAUCGACGAAGCCGUCGAAUGGAAGUUUUUUACGCAAAUAGGCGCCUGGCGUCGCAUCAUGAUGAACAUUUUCGGCAAUGCUUUGAAGUACACCCAAACUGGAUUUAUAUACGUUAAGCUAACGGCAUCGCCUGUUACUGCUUCCAACAACGCCGUUCAGGGAGGACCUACUGAUUUCCAAGUAACCCUGACGGUCAAGGACACGGGUCAGGGUAUGAGCAUGGAGUAUUUGCAAAAUAAUUUAUUCACUCCCUUCACUCAAGAAGACUCGCUUGCCCCUGGCAACGGGCUCGGGAUGAGCAUUGUUCACCAGGCGGUUCGUUCCAUGGGUGGUCAUGUCGAAGUCAGUUCGCUCCGGGGCCGCGGUACUGAAGUCUCAGUCGGAGUCACACUGACUCAUGUGCCCAUUGCAAACACCAAAUUCAGUUCCUCUGAGCCCGAGCCCAUUUUGAAGGUCAAGCACGUUACACGUGGCGCCACUGUGGGACUCCUGGAGCUAGGAUCACCUGACAUGUCCGAGCGUGAUACAAUCCUGCGCACUUCGUUGGAGAACUUGUGCGAGAACUGGUUUGAGAUGAGUGUUUGUACAGUGUCUCCAUUGGACGACGCUAUCCCCUCGUGUAACUUUUACGUUGCAGUGCAGACGGAUACCAAUCCUGUGAAUACGUGGGAAUCGUGGCUGUCCAAAACCCAGAAUUAUCCACACAGCGAUGGUGAAAGCCAGAGAAUACCGAUUGUAGUGAUUUGUCGGUCGCCCGAGGCAGCACAUCUCAUGUUUGUUGCAGCAAGCCGAUCAAACCACAAGGCUAUUGUCGAAUUCAUCAGUCAGCCCUGUGGCCCGCGCAAGUUAGCCAAGGCAUUAAACAUAUGCAUCAGGCGACAGCAAUGUGGGGGCCCUCUAGUUGGAGGUGAAUCUAGAGUGGAUCAAUUUCCAAGGAUCAACGACUACCAGUUGACGGGUUCCCCUCUAGUUUCUCCAAAAGAUGUUGAAGUACGAAGCACAGAGGAUGAUAUCGUUUUCCAAAAUCAUAACGCUGAAGCAGGAAGUAGGGCGUUAGGUGAUGCAUAUUUUGGUUCGGACGGAAGGGAAGCCUCGCGACAACCCAAGGUCACUACUAUAUCACGUAACGACAGUGAUGCCUUUACUCUCCCGAUUCGAGAGAGCUUACCCAGCAUGGAUGAGGAAUCGACGUUGACUGUGUUGUUGGUUGAAGAUAAUGAUAUCAAUUUGCAGAUAUUGAUUGCACAUAUGAAAAAAGAACGAUUUCAGUAUGCGACCGCUCGCAAUGGGUUGGAGGCGUUGAACACCUUCAAAGCCCAUCCUACACAGUUCGGAGUGAUUCUGAUGGAUAUCUCCAUGCCAAUAAUGGAUGGGUUCGAAUCUACUCGGCUUAUUCGAAAGUUCGAGGACGAGUAUCAGAAGACGCUCGAUGCGUCAUCGACAGAACUUUUCAGACCUGCGACCAUUGUCGCCCUGACCGGCCUUGCAAGUGCCAGUGCUCAAAAUGAAGCUUAUGGGUCGGGAAUGGACCUAUUUUUGACGAAACCGAUCCGACGAAAAGAGUUGCUCACAGCGCUAAACGGGAGAAUUCCAGAUACAAAGCCUCCCUUGGUAAGAUGA